AAAACCAAACAAUAGAUACAUUGCAGCUGCCUUAUUCACUUGAUCUACACAAUUUGCAAAUUUCCAACUCAUAUAUAUUGAGGACUGAUCACAUAUAUAUCGGCUAUAUAUCAUAAUAUUGUUGUACCAUUUACAGCACAAUCAAAAUCAUGUCCAUUAAUACAAUCACAAGUUCUGCAUCAAGAAGCUGCAACAGCUACUUCAACAAUGGAGCAACCUUCCACAAAAUUAACACACUCUCACACAUCAAACUGUUGAAAAAGAGUGAUGAACUACCUCCACUUUCCUUCAACUUCAACACCAAAUACGAAAUUUCACGAGUUACUCCUAUCUCAGCAUCUUCGCCAUCGUCUUCCUCUUCUUCUUCUUCGCCGAGCCCUUCUUCCUCCUCUCCGUGGAAAAAAUGGCUAUGGGGACUUCUACUAACCGUGAUCCUGCCUGCAGCUGGUCACAAGGGAGGGCUUCUAAUAGGCCUCAAAGGCAAGAUCGAUCAAGCCAUAGAAACGGUGGAGCACGUGGCGGAGGUGGUGGAGGAGAUGGCGGAGGAGGCGGAGAAGAUCGUGGAGGAGGUGGAGGAAAAGCUCCCCGGCGACUCCAAGAUCAAGAAAACACUCGAAUCAUUUGAAAAUCUUGCUAAAAUUGCUGUUAAGGAAGCCAAGAGAGCUGAAGACAUUAUUCACAAGGUAAAAGAUGUGGAGGAAGAGAUAGAGGGGGUGCUUAUGAAAGGUGGUAAAGAUGAAGACGAAAAAUAGGUAUAGCUCAUUCAUGGAUGAUGAUGGCAAACAAGACCAUCAUACAUUCCUUCUUUAAUUUUCUUUUAAUUAUAUUCUAUAUUUGGUUAUUAAUUAUUUUAAGAAAAUAAUAAUUUAUCAUUUUUCUGAUUAAAUAAAUUGCCAAAUUAAAGUA